AUGGAUGAGGUAGAUGAUAUAUUAGACCAAAAUCGGGCAGCUCAGCAGGAGGUUGAAGACGAGGAAGAUGAGGAAGAUGAUGAGGAAGAUGAGACUAUACUGCGGAACAAUAUGGACAAGGAAGCUGAUGAAAGGGGCCAGAAUGAUGGAGAAGGCGACCAAGAAGGCCCCGAAGAUGAGGAGGAAGAGGACGACGAUGAGGACGACGGUGAUAACGAUGAGGUCGGUGAUGCCGAUAACGACGAUGACGAGGAAGAUGAAGAUGAAGAUGAAGAUGAAGAAGAUGAUGAAGUAGAGGAUGAUGAUGAGAACGAGGACGAAGACGAAGACGAUGAUGAAGAGGCUAAAGGUAUCAAGGACAAAGAGAAUACGUCAAGGGAAAAUGGUAAAGUUGAGGGUGAAGAAAUGGAGAACGAUGAAAACACUGAUGACAAGAUGGAUAUUGAUUCAGAAGAAGAGGAUCAGACAAAGAAAGUUCCAGACGGCUUGAGUGAUGUUCAUAACUACUAUACGCAGAUGUUACAUUCAGCCAAAAUUGCGAGUUCUUACAAGAUUUAUCCAACAGCGGCAAUACCGAUUCAAACUGAGGUCAACGCAGUGGCCAUGUCCAAAGGAUUGCAAUAUUUGUUUCUUGGUGGAAGUGAUGGAUUCAUAAGGAAGUAUGAUUUCCUCAAUACGAUGGAUGGGAAACUAUCUCUCACAAUCUUGCAAAAACAUUCUCUAGCGGAAUCAAUCCAGAAUGCAGGUAUCUUGAUGUCCUAUUGGGAGAAUGAGGUUCCUCAGAGAAGGUCGGAAAUGAAAUUGUCGAAGAGCAAUAAGGAAUAUGACCCUAAAGUAAGUCCCGUUUAUGCCAUCGAAGUUCAAAGUGAGUGUCUUUUCCUGUUGAGCGGGUUAGAUAACGGUGGAAUAACAAUGCAAGGUGUGAGAUACAUGGAAGGCUCAAUCGGCCACUAUUUUAAGAGCAAAGAAGGUCAUACCAACGUUGUGAAUCAACUCCGAUUGAAUGGUGAUGAAACAAAGUUUAUAAGUGGUUCAUGGGACAAACGACUGCUUGAAUGGGACUUGUCAAGUGGUGGGAUUGUAAACGAGUUCAAAGGAUCAACAUCAGAAAUUUCUUCCUUGGAAAUGAGACCACUGUAUGCCACGGUUGACAUCAACGAUGUUGUAAGAGAAAUGAAACAAAGCAAAGAUGAAGAGGAUGAUCGAAAUAGCGAUGAUGACAUGGGGUCUCUAUUCGGAGACGAAGAAGAAGAAGAAGAUGUUAAGAAAGAUGAGCAUAACGAUGAUUUUAAGGAUAAAUCAACAAAGAAGCUGAACGCCAACCAUUUGGAAGAAAUCUCUAGAAAUACACUUAAUGUGGCAUAUGAUGAGUCCGUAUUCUUAACUUCAGGUUUAAAUGGUUCAGUGGAUAUUUGGGAUCGUCGUAUACCGACAAACCCUGUAAUAAAUUUGGAAAGAGGGCCCAAAGUGCCUCCUUGGUGUCAAUCGGCGUGUUGGUGCAUGGAUGGUGAUCGAAUCUACGCCGGUAGAAGAAAUGCUUGCGUUGAAGAGUUCGAUUUGAAGAUGCCGUCGCGGCCAAGUAAUACAUUGAAACUACCAGCUAUAUCAGGUCCUGUUACAUGCGUGCGUGCAAUGCCCAAUAACAAGCAAAUAUUGUGUGCUUCGCGAGAUAACAUCAGACUUUAUAAUACGGGCAAUAACCCCCACUCAAAGGGUACUGCAGUGCCGUUUUUGAUUGUUCCUGGUCAUCACGGCGGUGCGAUCUCUAACAUGUAUGUGGAUCCGACGUGUAGAUUUUUGGUCAGCACCAGUGGGAAUCGUGGCUGGCAAGGUAACUCGACUGAUACAACAUUUAUAUACGAGAUAGAUCUAGAAUAG